ACCCGAAAAGAAAACGACGAAAAAAAAAAAUACCCGACCUUUAUGGUGAGAGGAUUACAACUUCGAUAUUACUCUUUACUCUAAAGGGAUAACAUAUGAACUUGACGAGAACUCCUCAAACAGAAUCAAUGGCGACUACUCAUGCAGUGAUGGGUGUGAUCAGGUCAGUUAUGCCUGCUUUUCGCAAUAAAAACGACAAAAUCGCUUUCGUAGUUCACGCUUCUUUAGCCGUUUCGGGUUUCAUUCUCACUUCAACCGGACGUCCUGCCUUCGCCCACGACGCUCUGUCCUCAUCGACCACUCAGUGUUUGGUUGGGAUUGAAGGGUGGAACGAAUUCGACGAGGAGUAUGCGUUUGUUUAUAAAUGUCCGGUGAAGAGAUAUCUGGUUAAGUGCUUGGCAAUGAAUGAUAAACUUCUUGUUGAUGCAAUAGCUGAAGAUGGAAAAGAAUUUGGCCAUCUCCAAAUUGAAGUUGGGAAUUAUAUUGAUGAAUCCGGCGAGGAAGGCGAUUACGAUACACAAUUCAAGAAUUUUGACAAGUUAGUGACUGAGUUGAAGAGUGAGAUUUUGUGUAAGCUAAAUACUGUUUCCACUACAACCAAGUCCAGCUCUGAGACUAAAUGAAGAGCCUAGACAUUAUGUUGGAAUAACUACAUGGUCUUCCUAGAACAUAUAGUGUUUUCGUGUUCCAGUCGACCUGGUGGAUGAAUUGUGUUAAGGAGUAUAAGUGAAUCUCUUAUAACAGGACUUUGAAUUCUUCGAAUAAAGGAAAAAUGUUCAAUGUUAAGAUUUAUCGUUGAGUCUUUGUUUAGCUUUCGCUUCCAAACGAUAUAACAACAGUAACUAAAUCUUUUACCUUGUACAUUUUUAUACAAUUACUGUAUGCUUAC